GUUUUACCUUGAUACCACCACUCUGCAGAUCUUUCUUGUUCUAUUGAUGGGCACCCAUGGAGGCUGCGCCCGUGGUCCUGUAAUAAUAUCCCCCAUGUUUACUUCUGGUUUUGGUUAUGGAUUGGGCGUUUGGGAAACUAAAACGAGAUUAUCUUGGAAUGCAGGCCAUAACCUACUUCAAAAUGGGAAGGUAUAUUCUCCAGAAUGUAAGAUUCGCAAUUGAGCA